AUGAUGUUGACGACGGGAGAGGGCACGACCGCCGCAUCUUUGACUUUGGCGCAACGUUUAUCCCGCGUACGGCGUCUGAUGACGCUUGAAGACGGCGUCGCCUACUCGCUUGCUCAGGAUCAGGCAUUUCUUGUGGAUGGAAUCAUCGUCGCCUACGAGGCUCUGGCGAGCAGCGGGACAUUGAUGCGGCUAGAGGAGCAGCGACGCUUUGCCGUGGACGCGGCCAUGGCGGCUCCGCAGGUGGAUGCAGGCACGAGACACGACGACUACCACCGCAGUAGCAGAAACGGUCGCGAUGACGCUCCCAUGGCGCACGCCCUGCGGCGGCUGAACGAGGUGGAUGUGGCCAUUGCGUGGUGUGAGGGAAAGACGGUGGUGACGUCGCAGUUGUUCCCCCCAGCAGCGAUGGGGAAUCACACCCAACGUGGAUAUGUCUCCUCAAAUGAGGAAGGUGAGAAAAUGGUGUCGAACGCGUUUUCUUUGGCUUCUGAUGCCGUUUCCUCCAAUCGGCAGGAGUCGCAGGAGUUGCAUCUACACGAGCCUCCCCAGAAAUACCAAGAAACCCCGGAUGGCGGCAUUUGGAGUCGAAGUCGCAGCCGUGCGUGUCCAGGCGAUACAAGACUUUCGUCACCGUCGUAUUUGGCCCCACACGGUGUAUGUGAGGAAAUGAACGCAUUAUCAUUACCAUCAGCAACUGCAAUAGCAAUAAAACCGGCGGUAGGGAAAUCCCCAUUUAUCCCCGUUGUACAUAAAUCUCCGGAAGACAACAUUGUAUGUAACUUGGGUUUUGAUAGGUGGAAAGCCAGACAAAUAGCAUUACAGGCCCACUUUGAUAAGAGGCGUUUGUGGUCGCUCCGAUGUGACGCCGAGGAAGCGGUUCGGCGGCACACCAUCCUUAUGGAGGAACGACUUGGACGCGUCACACUUCUCGUUACCGCACGUGAGGAAGUGGCCGCGGGGGUGGAUGCAGAAACACGGGCACGUAUCGUGGAGCCUUCAGUGCUUUGGGAAAAACAUCUCUGGGAGGCUAUGCGGUGGAUGCAGCAGCAACUAGAUGCCCAGGAGGGUUUUCUGGCAUCCGCCAUCAGUACUGUGAAAAGAGAGGCGAAAGAAUAUGAAGAGGCAUGCCGAGCGCAGCUGCAGGGUGCCGCGAUGUAUUCCUGUGAAAAUGGAAAGAAAGAGUUGACGAGACUCUCUUGUGACGUGAAGGGAAGGCCGUUGUCUGUCAACGGGCCCAGCGUAGAAAAUGUGGGCUGGGCAUCCUACGCGCAUGCCUUAUUGUGUGAUGCUGAGAAGUCGCAGCGAGAUUAUAUUGAAGGAGAGGCUCAUCUCUCGUGGAGGCUUCUAUUAUCGCGAUGGCAAAUGGUACUGAACCAUGCCAAUAGCCGCCGUCUUAUUGCCGCCAAGGAAAGUCUUAUCUAUGAGUUGGCUGCCGAUCUGAAUGGAUGCGCAUCCGCCACGCCCAUCGUCCCUCGUUCAGCCUCUGCGUGGCUUGUUGCCGAGCGGGAAAUUGUCGCCAGUGAACGCCGGCCCAGCAAGAGUCAAACGCCGAUUGGUGUGCAUCGAACAUGGGCAGUGGAAACGGCGCGCAGUCGAAGUGCGAGAUCACAAGCGGUGUGCACCCCACCUGCGACUUCGCCUGCAAAAGCGCAAGAAAUUUGCAUGACGUCGUCCCAUGACGUCAGUCCUUGUGGCAUGGAGAGCAGAACGGCGUUGAGUGUUUCAGAGGAGCACACCGUUGGGAAUCUAGUCUCUCUCUUGAAUUGUGCCAUGGGGCAUCUGGCGGCAGACGUCUCCCAGUCACCUCCGCCACUGCACAAGACAGGGUGGACACGAAAUAGUAAUGACAAUGAAAUUGCCCUUCAUAUUUGCAUGAGUGUGGAAUUAGUGGAGCGGAAGCAAGUCACGCUGUUGGAGCAACGUGCGUGGUGGGAAAUAACGGCAAGGUUUAACAAAAAUGUGAUGGCAUAA